CUUCUGAGAGUUGCCGACUAUUACCCACAAGGUUCAAACAGCCCGUUCAGCCCCCAGUGGAAAAUGUUUGAACCUGUGCUCUCACAUUCAACCGGCAUAUCUUUAUGGAGGGCCAGUAUUAACUUCAGAAAGUUUUCUGAUGGUCCGAACAUUUUUUGUUGAUUAAAAACCACUGGUAGCUUCAUUGACCGCGUGUUUCAACCGUGCAUUCCAUUCGUUAUCCGUGAAGUAAUACGAGUUUCAAUAGUCAUUUAAGUCAUCGACAGCCUUCUCCAGGAAACAAUAUCGUUUCUGAUGCAAUUUUCCCAGUUAAACCCUGUGUUUACUAGUCUGUCCGCAGUGCCUGAAAACAGAAUUACCAUGAACCUGAUUCCUAUUAGCAUUAUCUUUUUGCUCUGUUAUGAGGCCGUUGGCACCGAGAUUUCCAGGCAUGUUCGUGAUGCUGCAUCUUCAGUGACUGAGCACGCUUGCGGUAUCGUUCAAAGUAGCACGGAGUAUACGCAGCUUACCAUCUCUUUCGCCACGAAUGGGACAGAGGUGCAAAGCUCAUGGUCUACAGAGCUUACCACCGAUUGUGUCACAUUCCUGAAUAGUGCCCUAGAGCCGUGCCAGGGCCCAUCUGUUCUGUACUGCGGAUCGCUCAACUUCGUCUUCGAUCAAUCUUCAUCGGGGGUGACAGGAACCACGUACUCCGUUCAACCACUUUUAUCCUCUGCGGGCGACCACAAAACUAGCUCUAGCUUCGAACACGCACAGGCUCCCCGCUCGAGUGACGCCACAUCGUCCACACGAACAUGGCCACAGGCAGUUUCUUCGACAAUUAGCGCGGCGGAGGGGACGAAGCCAGUCUCAGUGGAAUCAAUCCAACAUUCUCUCUCUUCAGAGGCAAGGUCUACGAAUGACGCUCAAUCGCUCCCCACCACGUGGUCUGAAAAGAAUUCCCAAUGGUCCAAAACUACCUCUCAAUCAAUCAACACCGAAACAACCCAAGUUAUCUCAUCGAAUCGCCAAGUUACAACCCGUGCAUUAUCAACAGCAAAUCCUUCGUCUUCAUCCGCUUUGUCAACUUUGUGUGUUGUGAAAGAAAGUGAUUUAAGCCAAGGAAUAUGCUACUGUUUGGAUCAGACCAUCGUGGAAUAUUCAAGUUCGAGAUGCACGGUUCUCGCUGACUGACUUGAAAUGUGAUUGAUCUGCUCACGCAGCUCUUUAAACGUGCUAUCAGGCAAACUUGUGUUAAGAGAUAGGCCC